UAAGCGUCCAUGUGCUGUUUCCGGUCGUACUCGGAAACACGAUUCCUAGCCACAGGUAGGACGUGUGGCGUUUGUCAGGGGCGUGGAUUUUCUUAAAAUUGCUCGCCGCGGAGCCAGUCAGUAGUCAAGAUGUCCAACAGAAACAAUAACAAGCUGCCCAGCAACCUGCCGCAGUUACAGAAUCUGAUCAAGCGGGACCCGCCGGCCUAUGUGGAGGAGUUUCUACAGCAGUAUAAUCACUACAAAUCCAAUGUGGAGAUUUUCAAAUUACAACCAAAUAAACCCAGCAAAGAACUGGCAGAACUGGUGCUGUUUAUGGCACAGAUUGGUCACUGCUACCCAGAACAUUUAAGUAACUUUCCGCAAGAGCUAAAAGAUCUUCUCUCCUAUAAUCACACUGUGUUGGAUCCAGAUCUUCGAAUGGUAGGGCCAGUGUUUGGAUUGAUAACUUGUGCUGUGUUCAUUGUGUGUGUGUGUGUGGUGUGUGUGUGUACUAUAUUUAAAAGAGAACAUUAUACAGACCUGGACCCACAGUGUACUUCUCUGAUAUUCUCCUUUCCAGAUUUUGCAGAAAAACUCCUAAAGCAGCUGGAGAGCUCUAAGGAGAGGUUUGAGGUGAAGAUGAUGCUCAUGAACCUCAUCUCCAGAUUAGUGGGAAUUCAUGAGCUGUUUCUCUUCAACUUCUAUCCCUUUGUGCAAAGGUUUCUGCAACCCCACCAAAGAGAAGUAACAAAGAUCCUUCUGUUUGCUGCGCAAGCGUCUCAUCACUUAGUACCCCCCGAGAUCAUUCAAUCUUUGCUCAUGACUGUGGCCAACAAUUUUGUUACGGACAAGAACUCAGGGGAAGUCAUGACAGUCGGAAUCAAUGCAAUAAAAGAGAUAACAGCUCGGUGUCCUCUAGCCAUGACUGAAGAACUUCUCCAAGACCUGGCUCAGUAUAAAACACACAAAGAUAAGAAUGUGAUGAUGUCUGCCAGAACUUUGAUUCAGCUCUUCCGAUCACUGAAUCCUCAGAUGUUGCAGAAGAAAUUCCGGGGUAAGCCUACAGAGGCCUCCGUAGAAGCAAGAGUGCAAAAAUAUGGAGAACUAGAUGCUAAAGAUUACAUUCCAGGAGCAGAAAUUCUGGAAGUUGAAAAAGAAGAAGAGAAUGCUGAAAACGAUGAAGAUGGGUGGGAAAGCGCCAGUCUCGAUGAGGAGGAUGACGAUGGCGAAUGGGUUGAUGUGCACCACUCCUCCGAUGAAGAGCAGCAAGAAAUCUCCAACAGGCUGAACAGCAUGCCUGUGGAGGAGCGGAAGGCCAAGGCGGCAGCCGUCAGCACUAGCCGAGUUUUAACUCAGGAAGACUUCCAGAAAAUCCGCCUGGCCCAAAUGAGGAAAGAACUCGACGCUGCCCCCGGGAAAGCCCCAAAGAGGAAAUAUAUCGAAAUAGACAGUGACGAAGAGUCCAGGGGCGAAUUACUUUCUCUUCGGGACAUUGAACGCCUUCAUAAAAAGCCAAAGUCUGACAAGGAGACAAGACUGGCAACUGCAAUGGCUGGAAAGACAGACCGAAAAGAGUUUGUGAGGAAGAAAACCAAAAUGAAUCCAUUUUCCAGUUCUACAAAUAAAGAGAAGAAAAAACAGAAGAACUUCAUGAUGAUGCGCUAUAGCCAUAAUGUCCGCUCAAAAAAUAAGCGUUCCUUCCGAGAAAAGCAGUUGGCGCUACGAGAUGCACUUUUGAAAAAGAGAAAAAGAAUGAAGUAACCUGGACAAGCAAGUUUCCCAUUCCAAGGAGAAUGCUGAAUUUGUGUCAUUUCUCUGAAAAUUAGUAAAUCAAGAAUAUUCAUUUACAUGAAAAAGUCCAGAAGCACUAUAUUGUGAAAACCAAAGUAAAUUUGGUAGCAGUUUGGGUGUUUUUAUUUUGGAGAUGGGUAAUGGCGGGAGUGUUUGAAAUGUAAAUAGUAGUGGUGUUGUAAAAUUGUUUUCAUUUAGCAUUCAUGCAAAGAAUAAAUUAUUGAGUGCCUAUUAAUUGUCACUAUAGAUGUAAAAAUAACCAUAACCCCUCACUCGAGACAUUCUCAGACUAUUUGGGGGGUGUGUACACAGGUGUGUAUAUGUGUAUUUAUGUGCACUGUAAAUAGUUCUGUAGUAGAGAUAGGUCCAUAUUUCUAUGGGGUCACAGAGGCCUUACAGACUUACUCUCCAGGGGAUGGGAGUUACAUAUUCUUUUAAAACAGGACAAUGUUACAAGAGUAAGAGGUUCUUACUUGUAAAUAGGCUUACCUGCUAAAAACAGGUCCCUGCUGUACAGAUUUUGGGUAGACAGUUUAGCUCUUUUAGUCCAUCCAAAAGUUAUAAAUAUUUGUUUUGAAUGCCAGAUGAAAACCUCGCUUUUUAAAUGGCCUUAAGUAUAAAUAGUAAUCUUGGAGUGUCUUUAGAUCAUCAUUUGGGCUGCUAACUCUUCUGUAGAUGAAAAAGAAAUCCAAUUGGUUUCCUUAGCCUUUUUUCAUCUUGUAAUAUUUUCAGCCCACUGUUUGCCUUGUGUCCAUAAAGGUUUUCUAAUAUCAAAUAGGUACUCUUGUAUGUGUUGAGUGGCUGCGUUGGUCUCUCUUCCCUAUGUAUGCUUGAGUCAAUUUCAGGGGACACAAAAGCUGUGUUCUCUCUCUUUGCAAGUCGUUGCAUUUGGAAAGCUUGGUGCCUUUUACCUCAGAUUUCUGAGAUUAUAUCGUGGUAGAUGAGAAAAUUGUUCUAUAUUACUUUAAAGUAAAAAGUAAUUUUCUGUCCACUCAGAAUUAGAAAGCAGCUUCCAAAACCACUUUUCGUAUUCCCUUUCCAGUAUCUUCCGUUCACUUUCUGAGUUCAACUUCAGUUUUAUUUGAAUGAAACUUUGUGACUUUCCCCAAGAUGCCCCAGAUCACUGGAGUUUGCUUGUGAAGAACAUUAAGUUUAAUGAUUAAAUUGCACUGGCCUAGUGAAGGGAGCUCUCAGUCAACCCCAGCAACUUCAGUGUUUCAUAGAAAAUGUCUGAUGCAAAUUUGAAUGUUUCAGACCGAAAACUGCUCUUUCUCUUUUCUUUUUUGCAUUUUUGAACUGAGUUACCUCCUCAUGUGUCUAGCUCAAGAGAAGUAAAUAAAAUUCAGAAUGGCAUAGCAGCUAAGUCCAUAGCUUUGCUGCAUGAAUUGCCAUGGUGCCUAGAAAUUCCGUCCUUCGCUAGACUUCCUCACCCACUUAGAUGGCAGGCGGCCAAAGUCCAGCCUGCGUUCUGACUUGUGUUCUGCUGUGGCUUCCCCCUGCUCUUAACUGAGGUUUACAUGCAAGAUAGAAAAAUACCUGGCUUACAAGGGUGCAGUCUUAACUUUUAUUUCCUUAAUCCCACAGUAUCUUAUUUCUGAUUCCUUAUAUCAUUUUGUGAAUCUCUUGAGAAUAUUUUCUGUUGACUAUAAAUUUGAAGAUCAGAUCUUCACACGGUUGGAUGCCACCAACAAAGACAAGGUGACCUUCCCGGGUGACUUUUACCUUGAAGAAGUCGCCAGGGUCCCAUCUAGAAUGCUAAUGUACAGUUAUGUAGGUGAUCGUAGCAAGUUCCAGGAGAAAAUAAGCUGCACGACAGGCAGAGUCUGUUCCCUGACUUAUCCCGUGCCCAGCAAACAUUUGAAACACGACUUAGUCCCUAACUGUCCAUCUUCUCUCUGUAAAUAUAAUCCAACCUACCUCACUGAUGCUUUUGAGAAUUUUGAGAACCGAUGGUUAUAAGCAUUUAGCAUGGUAUUUGCCACAAAAUAAGCAUUCAGGAAAUUUCUCAUCAAAUAUUAGAUAUCUGUUAAGUUUUUAUUUUACCUUUUGCUCAAUUUACUUGAAAUGACAAUUGCAGUUGCUGCAGGUAUGUGUGUUACCCCUCAGUAAUGUGGGGGGAGAACUAGCUGGAAAUACACAAAUGUAUAUUGAAUGCUCACUAUGUGCAAAGCUCUGCUAGGUGCUGUGUGUGUUGCAAACACAGUGUUCCUUCAGGUGGAAACUGUAAAUCCAACGAAGGAAAUAGACUUAACAAAAUGCCUCUAUAACACAAGGCCACUUAUAGAGUGAUCAAAACAGGCAGAGCCUGACGAAGGGGCAGUUCAGCUGGCAGGAGGGUGAAAUGCCUGUUUGCUGACAAACAUGCUUGGGAUGAACGGGGCAGCAGUAGGAAAUAUAUUCCUGAAUCAUGAAAGAAAACGUUACGGUUUAAAAGUUGGUACAAUUUUUUAAAAAAAUUAUAGUUAACAUAAAUUUUUUCAUUACUUCACAGUCUAAUUCUUUGAAAAUGUAUACUCUUCGUAGAGUGUUAUAUGGCAACUCGGUGUUAACCGGAAUGUUUAAUCAGCUGGAAUAUUCUGUUCUUCAAACUACUUUGGAGAAACACUUCUUAAAACUGUUCUACCAAAUGACAUCCUUUCAUUAUAUAAAAAUAAAACUGAAAGUUAACUAUUGCUUACAUAGUUUUAGAAUGUGCUGUAUGAGAUUUUAAAAAGAUAUUGAAUAUGAAUAGGAAGGUAAGAUGCUGACAUGGAGCGUUUUUUCUUAGAAGGAAAUGACCUUUUCUCUCCUCGUACAGUCUUUGGCCUGCACUUGUUUAAAAAUGCAAGCAAGAACAGAAAGCACAGCUAAUUCUGUACUGUUUAAAUACAUACAUUUGUAUAGGGCACUCAUUAUGUGGUAAUCUUAUUUCCUUCUGCAAAUUUCGUUGUCAUUGUUUUGUCAAUUCAAUCUCAAUAUGAAAAUGAUUAAUAUAUGAUUUAUCCAUAUGAUGGAAUAUUAUACAGCCAUCAAAAUGUUUAUAAUAGGAAAUGCUUAUAAAUGAAAAGAACAAAGUACAAAAGUUUAUAGUAUAAUCCGAUUACCUGUGAGAAAAUGGAAAAUAAUAAAAGCUCAAGAGGAAAUAUGCUAAAUGUUAAACUUGUUUUUCUUCGGUGUUGGGAUUGUGUGCAAGGUUUUUUUUUUCUUUCUGCUUUUUUUCUUUCCACUUUCUGAAUCUUUUCUAGUGUAUGUGUUUUUACUUACGUCACUGUAUAAGAAACAAAAUAUUUGAGGCCAGAGAAUAAAGGUGCCUUAAGACUCA